GUUGCACAUUAUGCAAAUUGUUUGAGCGGGAAGAGUGGUGACGCCAUUUUGAACGCAGAAUGUAAACAUACGACAAUUUAGGAAGAUUUGUUUUUGACAAAACACCAUCUUUUGUCAAUAAAAAGUGAUCAUCUUCAGCAACCAUCAUGUUUUAUGCACAUUUUGUGCUGACCAAAAAGGGUCCAUUGGCUCGCAUAUGGCUGGCUGCACAUUGGGACAAGAAACUUACAAAAGCGCAUGUGUUUGAAACGAACAUUGACAGCAGUGUGGAAGCUAUCAUGAAACCUAAGGUGAAGCUGGCUUUAAGGACAUCAGGUCAUCUGCUGUUGGGUGUGGUGAGGAUCUACUCACGCAAAGCCAAGUACCUACUGGCAGAUUGUAAUGAAGCCUUUGUCAAGAUCAAGAUGGCUUUCAGACCUGGAGUUGUUGACCUGCCAGAGGAUAACAGAGAAGCCAAUGUUGCCGCAAUUACUCUGCAGGAGAACUUUCACGACUUUGAUGCACUUGAAGAUCUGCAUGAUCUUGACAUGACAGCUCAAUUCUCAACUGUAAACCAGAGCAGGCCGGAGGAAAUUACCAUGAAAGAGGAUCUCACCACAAUCUCAUUUGUAGGCGACGAUAACUUUGGUGAUGUAGACUUUGACGGGCGAGAGCUUUUGAGAGAUGCCAACUUUGAUGAGCACUAUAUGAAGAGCCCGCGGGUUGACCUUGAUGUCGCCCCCAUGCAUGACCAUUCAUCUACCCUACUAGCCGAGACAUCCACAGCUCAACCAAUGGACGUCGACCUGCCACAGCUUGAUGAUGGCUUUGGUGGAGGAUUUAUGGAUGAUGAUGACGACGACAAUGAUGCAGACAGUUUUGGCGGUGCUGUUACAAAUGAAUUCCUUGAUGAGGAUCUUAUACAUGGAGGAAACCUAUUUGAGGACACACCAGCAGUGCCAGAGAUCCCAGUUGCCACUCCAGCACCUGUACAGAAACCUCCAGAGCCAGUCCAGCAGGCAGCCCCCACAGAUUCCAUGAUGACGGCCACGCCCCUUCCUGGGACCUCUGGAGAGCAGACAACACUUAUCACAAACGAGAACGAGGCUUUUGCUCUUGAGCCCCUUGAUACCACACAUAUGCCAGGUGUAGGUGAAAGACGGAAGCGGAAACGUAAGCUGAUUGUUGAUGAACAACAGGGCAUCCCUAGUGAGACAAUGAAACUGCAGUUGUCUGACACAACAGAUAUAGUCACAACAUUAGAUCUUGCCCCACCCACAAAGAAGCUCAUGCAUUGGAAGGAAACCGGUGGUUUCGAGAAGUUGUUCGCUCUGCCUGGAAACGCCAUAGUAUCAAAAAGUAUUCUCAAGUUGUUCAAGCGCGGUUCUAAGACCCGGGCUGUGGAAGAGGUGGAGGAUGGGGAGCGAUUGGAACUGGAAGCUGCCGAGGUUAUGAGAGAGGAAGAUAGAAGUGCCACAGAAAAGUCCAAGAUUGGAAUGUCAACAAUCCGACCAGAAAUCAGUACUAUAAUGGAAGAGAGCUUGAUUCUCGAUACAUCAAAACGAUCUCGACGAUCCGACCGCACAAUUCCAGAAAUGCCCACACCAAAAUCUCCCCGUCUCAGUGCAGCUGCCCCAGAGCCCCAGGACGUCUCUGACAUCUUUGGUCAGUCGGUGCUGGAGCCACAGAUGGACAUGCCCGAAAUGCCGAGUCUCAUACAGCCACACUUUGAGGAAGAUGGACCUCCCUCUAUUGCCCCAUUCAGUGUGGGGCCACAUUCUGUAGGACCCCCGUCUGUUGGACCAGUGUCAUUUGGUGCCGAUGUUGAGGGUGGCGACCAGAUGCCGGAAACCGAAGAGCAGGAGGAACAAAGGUGGACGAAACGCACAGAACAGAUGCAGCACACUCUCGAUCAGGGAUUCCGCUACACUGACGAACUCAGCUUCAAGGAUAUGGGACGCAAACUUAACCGGAAACAAGUCACAUCAAAGUUUUACACAUUGCUUGUUUUGAAGAAGCAUAAAGUGGUGACUGUUUCUCAGGAUGAGCCCUUCGGUGACAUUCUAAUUGGGAAAGGUCCAAAGUUUGGAAUUUCUUGUUAAUUUACGUGUAAUUCUAUCUUGUAAAGUGUUAAUUCUGUUUGUUGUAAAUUAUAUAUGAUGCCCGACAGUGUAAGUGAAAUUUGAUAAUUGUAGUAAGCUUUAUGUUGAUUGACUUUAAUUCGAUGAAUUAUGUUACAUUUUCUAACAUGCUUUAGUAGACAGUGUUUUUUCUUGGUUUAAUUCACUGCCUUCUAAAGGGUGUUUUCAAAAAUAUCCAUUAUCUACAUAAUAUUUUCCCAGUUCGAUAGACUGAGUUGAUGUGAAUGAAUAGAAAAUUAAUGGUUUCCUUGUUAACAAACAUGAUCUUUAUAAGGCAAGCUCUAAUGAAGUAAAAUGAGUGUUUUCAUCAUGAUUUUGUAUUUUCCAACUGAUAGAUUGUCAAUAAUUAUGAUCAAGUCAAAUAAAAUGGUAAUUUUUUAUAUCUAUAGGCAAAGCAAAUAUUGUACCAAAAUAAAACGUGUGUUAACCGGAUACAUCAACUAAGGUCCAGUUGUCCAGUUUUAGUUAAUUAUGUUUUUGAUAUGUGCACCAUAUUGAUGAAAUAUUGUAAGGCAGCAGUAAUUGUAUCUGUUUUGUAUAUUUGUUAUCAUUUUCUGCCUAAAAGGUAUAAUAGGGAGGUUUUCAGUGGACAAGACAUACCGUAUAACCUACGAACAAAACCCAAGUAGAGCUUUUAAACUUACAUCUGUGUCUGCAAUAUGAUGAAGAAUUAGAAAAAUACUAAAAGUUUAAAAUCAUUUAUGUAUCCGUUUUGAUACAAAAAUAAUGUUACGUGGCUUUUCAUACAUAAUAAUUUCCUAUUAUAUUAUUUUGGGGAACAUGGUAGCAUGCAUCACAGAAAUCUUGUUCUGUAAAUAAUGUAAUGAACUGGCAGAUAUGCAAGCGUUACAUUGCGUACAUCUCAUCACUGUUGUUUGUCUUACUGUACAUGUUAGAUAAGGAUUAGGUGCGAGAUGGACAUAUCUUCAGAUGGACGUAUCUUCGUCUGUUUCCAUAUGAAGUUUGGUCAAUCUUGAUUUAAUCCUCAUUAGGUUUUUUAAGUGCCACAAUAGAGGCUUGUGUGUAUUUUAGGUGGAAAAACCGUGCCAUUGCAAAACCUUUCCAGAUCAUCUUAAAAUGUUAAAAUUCAUAGCCCCUGACUGUAGAUAACUCUACAACAAAAUAUAGUGCGAUUGAUAGUUAUAAAUUUGAUUAAAUAUUAUUUUAAUUUCAGAAAUCAAAAUUGAGAUAUAAUAUACUGGAUAGGUAAUUAAAUACUUAUUGUCUUCGGUUGAACAAAUCCAGCAAUUUGUUAAAUAGGGAAUACAAAUUAAGAAUAAACUUCAACUAUUGGCAUGUGCAUAAUUUAUUAAGUGCUAUCAAGAAUUAAGAGCAUUGUUCAAAACUGAUGUAAUUGAAUCUUAUUCUAUGUUUUUAACAAAAUAGUUUUUACCAUGUAUUUGUGUCUAUAUUUUUUAUCCUCUUUAAACUAAAUCAUUUUAGAAAAGAACUUGAAAUAACUGUGAUGUUUUGUAAGAAAUAGGAUAGUGAUAUUGAUGGUCGCUUAAACAAACAAGCUUUGUAUUGUUCAGAUAUUGUUUAAGUGUUAAAGCUUGGGAAGAACUUGAUUUUUAAAUGUACUCUGCAGUCAAAGGCCUAGUUCUGAGUGACGCUGCCUCCAAUCCAAAUUUGGUUGACUCGAUUUCCUUCUGUUACAAUCCAUUAGAUCUCCGAUUAAUAAAUAUUUAUAUAUCAAAGCAUUACUGUUGCAGCCCUAUAACUUUCAAUACAAUUAGCUCAUAAAUAAUACACUUGAAAUGUGGCCAUAAAUGUGGACUGGUCAGCUGGGUAUUAAAACAAGGCAUGUACUUCUUAUACUAGGCCUUUAAGAACAGAUUCAGCUAUAUUUUAGUUAGUAUUUACAUACAUGUGACUGUGUUCAAUCCAUUCAUUAUUCAUUGUGUCAGUGAAUUUCUGUCAUUCAUUAGAGCGGUAUUUCUGCCAAAUUUAAAUAUCUUUGUUUUAUAAUAAAAUAUUUGAACCUC